AUGCUGAUAAUGUUAUCUAAAAGUGUCCGUCGCUACGUCAUCUCUACGCUGCCCAAACCUGCUAAUUCUAUUACAAAGUACCAUGUAGGAGUGCGGGAGACGCUGGGGGGUACCGACGCACUCAUUAAGCAAAAGCAGGAGCUGCGUACCCAAGGGGCCGUGUCUUUGAGUCUCGACACGCCUGUAUUUCAAGUAUAUGGUAGCAAUACGGACAUUGGUAAGACUAUUGUGGCCACUGGAAUUUGUCGUCAUGCUGUCACCAUUGCAGCGGUCACUGGAGGACGGGUGGAGUACAUUAAACCACUGCAGACCGGAACCGAUGACGAUAUCCCCGGGUCUUUUCCUGGUGACGCGUCUUUCGUCAAGAAGCACGCGCUGCUAACGAACCAGAUGCAGGGACUAUUAGAGUGCUCCACAUUAUAUUCGUGGAAGAAUCCCGUAUCGCCGCAUCUUGCGGCGAAGAUGGAGGGACAUACUAUUACGGACGAAGCGCUGCUGGAGCUGCUGGCUGACAAGCUCAAAGCUAUUAACAAAGUUAAUGCAGACAAGGCUGCAGAGAGUUUGGUGCUUGUGGAGACGGCGGGGGGGUGUGGCAUAUCUACGACAAUGUCGGCACUUGAAACGCUGUUGAUACGUGGAUAUGAUGUGGCUGCCAUCUGUCUGAUUGAACAAGAUGGUCUGGAUAAUGCGACAGCUUUGGAGCCGCGGGCUGGCGAACUUGGUAUUCCGAUCUUUACAAUGAGCGCUGUCCCGCCAAUGCCAGAACCGCUGAACAAGUGGUUCCUGGAACACAACGACGUAUUUGCAGAUGUGAACAAGGCGCUGAAGUUAUUCCACAAAUUGCGUCUUGACAGGUUUAAUCACAUGAAAGAACGUGCGGAAAACGUGUUCUGGUGGCCAUUCACCCAGCAUAAGAAGAUCGGUGGGCUGUCCAUGAUUGAUUCUGCUCAUGGCGAUGAAUUUAGUGUGUACCGUCCGGAAUACAACAUGGUGGAACCACUAUUUGAUGCGUGUGCGAGCUGGUGGACUCAGGGUGUCGGACAUGGUAACUCAAAAAUGGCAAUGGCAUUAGCAUACGCGGCGGGCCGCUACGGCCACGUGAUGUUCCCUGAGAAUGCGCACGAGCCUGCAUUGCAACUCAGUGAAAGGCUGCUCACGUCGGUUGGCAAGGGCUGGGCCUCGCGCGUUUACUAUUCAGACGACGGAUCGACGGCUGUGGAGGUCGCUCUCAAGAUGGCGUUCCGUAAAUAUGUGCUCGACCACAAGCUGGACUAUAGCGAAUUCACGUCUGAUGAGGCAACGGGAUUCAAAAUGGUCACACUCGCCCAGGCUAACUGCUAUCACGGCGACACACUUGGUGUGAUGUGCGUUGCAGAGAAGAGCGUAUUCAACGAGAAGCAGCACCCAUGGUACCGACCCGAAGGUGUCUUUUUGAAAGUUCCAACAAUAGCGCUGCGUGGCGGCUUGUACGUACUUUCGAUCGACCCUGAAAUAACCGGCAAUGAGCAGACGGAGGAUACACUUCCCUCUUUCAAUGCUGCCUUCGAUGUUUCGCGUGACCAAAGUCCGUUGGCCGAUAUGUAUCGCAAGCACGUGGCUCACAUGAUCGAAUGUAUUGAAGAGAAGAACGUUCGUGUGGGGUCUGCGCUUAUAGAGCCUGUACUAAUGGGCUCAGGUGGCAUGUUCCUAGUGGAUCCGCUCUACCAGCGUGUGCUCGUGCAGGAAUGCCGUUCUCGAAAAAUUCCGGUCAUCUACGACGAGGUGUUUUCGGGUUGUUGGCGUUUGGGUGUGGAGUCAGCGCGUGAUCUGCUCGGUGUUGACCCGGACAUCGCAUGCUAUGCCAAGCUGCUGACUGGUGGCGUGGUCCCAAUGGCUGCCACGCUCACGUCGGAGGAGGUUUUCAGCACUUUCUACGCGGACUCAAAGGGAGAGGCACUGCUCCAUGGCCACUCUUUCACAGCGUACCCAAUGGGUUGCGCUGCUGCCGUGACUGCUCUAGACAUGUACCAGAUUUUGAACAACGCCACUGCCCCCACCAAGGAUGCUACACGUGCAUACUGGGACGUCGACGUUCUUACAAAGCUUUCCACCAAAAGGUAUAUUGAGCGUACGUUUGCUAUCGGCACGGUUGCAUGUGUGGAGCUGGCCUCGGAGAAUGCAGGUUACGCAUCGACUGAAGCUGCAAAACUCAUCCAAGUUUUGCGCAAAAACGGCAUAUACGCUCGUUCUCUGGGCAAUGUGCUGUACAUGAUGUGCUCACCACUGACGACCCAAGAAGACUGCAACAAGUACCUGACAACGCUCACUCAGCAGAUUGAGCUACUAGUAGCCAAGAAGUAA